UAACGGACCCGUUGACCUUGUUGCAAAUCGCGGUUGUUGUGGUAAUUGUGAUUGUCAUGUUUUACAUUCCUUUUCUGUGAUGUCUGACACUGUUUAUCAACUACACUAUGACUGUAUAAAAACAACGCCGUAUUUCCUAUAAUUUCAUUAUUAGCUUCAAUCCUGUCAUGUUCACUUGGUCCUAACUUUCGGUUUUAUACUUGAUUACCUCAAACUUUGCGAUGUACAGUGAUGGCUGCGUAGAUACCACCGUCAAAAUAAAUAUUACAGUUCACGACUAAGGAUAUAGAGGAACUCGCCCUAAGGACGUUUCUCCUUUGAAAUUUAGAUAAUGCUUCUCUUUAUCAUACCGCUGUUUAACUUUAUCUCGUGUCGUAAAAGUAACCGUGUGCUGCGAUGUCCUUAACGCUUGCGAGUUCUUUCUCACUCUUACUCAGCAAUGACAAUUAGCACGUGAAUGCACCUACUGUCGCAAAAUAGGAACUUGCGAGGACUCCUUUUCGUGCCAGCCCCAGUGCUGACCUGAAGACCAGCUCCGGCUUCAUGACAUCGACAUGAUGGACGACUCAGAAACCUACAAAUUAUGGAGGAUUCGUAAAACCAUUCUCAAGAUGUGCAAAGAUAGGGGUUAUCUAGUAAUGCCUAAAGAAUUAGAGCAAUCACUCGAAGAUUUCAAAGCAACAGUCGGAGAUCCACCAACGAGAAAGGAUCUUCUCAUGGUUGUUAACCAUGAAGAAGAUCCUGCUGAUAUGUUAUAUGUGUUCUUUCCAGAAGAAGAAAAAGUUAACAUGAAAACUGUCCGGGCAUAUUUGAAUCAAAUGCAACAAGAUAGUACUUACAGAGCAAUUUUGGUCCUUCAAGAAAAGGGUCUCACACCUUCUGCAAAGACAGCUAUCGCGGAACUUUCGUGUAAAUACACUUUGGAGUGUUUCUUUGAAAAUGAACUAAUGGUCAAUAUAACGGAACAUCAGUUGGUUCCGCAACACAACGUUCUCACACAGGAAGAAAAGAAAGAAUUGCUCGAACGAUAUAGGUUAAAGGAAAAUCAGCUUCCCAAAAUGCAAGCUAGCGAUCCUGUUGCUCGAUAUUAUGGUCUAAGAAGAGGUCAAGUUGUACGAAUUACUCGGCCAUCAGAAACAGCCGGACGAUAUAUCACUUAUAGGAUAGUUUUGUGAAUAAAAUUGUGUACAGAUUCUGAAUUUUUGAAAUUGUAUUUUGGGUCUAAAGUCAUACGUACUAGAUUAUUUCAAAUUUAUUAAUUCAUUGCUGCUUUUAUUAUGCUGUAUUAAACAAAUAGUCAUUGUUUAAAUGAUCGUUAGUCUGAAAAACUGAUCCAGCUACAGAUGUUACUCACUGAAGCUAAAAGAACCUUUCAAGUAAUUUGUACUAUAUUUAAUAACUCUGACAGUCCGCUAUACAAGUUGUGUUAUGGUGGACAAAAUUGAAUAAUCAUGCGACUUUUUCAUUUAAUUUCCGUUCUUCACCUUGAUUACCCGUUUGUUAACUGAAAAUUUACUCAUAGUCAUGUUACCUUAUUGGGAUAUUUUGUGUACAGCUUAACUGUAAUAUCUUAGUAUAUAUAUUCACAUAGUGAGUGAGCCAUAAUAGUUCAUUCUGCAGAUAUCUAUAUGGUUGUUGCUCGAGCUUCCGUCUUGUCAGCAAACUGUCAAUUCUGUUAUUUUAUUUCAGUAUUUAACUAAAUUUACUUGGACAAUGGCUUAGUGUACUACAUGCUUAUAAGCUUUAGGAAAUCGGCAUGAAAUCCUCGACCCCGAGGUCAUAUAGGUUGGCUCUCUUCUAAAUGUACCUGUAUCCUGACAAGGCUUUUGUCUUCUGCUAGAUACAAACAUCAUUAUUAGAAAUGUUACCACUGUACAGAAAAUUUUAUCUCCUUUAAACACUAGUAUCAAGCUAAACAUACCC